AUGGGGUCUGAACAACAACAAAAAUACAACAAAUAUAGUGAAGAUCAAGUAAUGCAGGCGUUACAGGAUAUGGAGGCAGGAGCGAGUUUACGUGCGACUUCAAAAAAACACGGAAUUCCACGAGCCACACUACUACGAAAAUCAAAAACCACAGGCCCUUUGGAAACGAAAGCAGGCGCGCCAACUGUUUUCGAUGCUAAGGAAGAAGCGAUCUUAGUAAAAUGGGUCAAAGCAAUGGCCAAUGCUGGAUUCCCUAUAUCCAAAGAGACUCUUUUCUUCAGUGUCGAUAAAUUGGCAACUCGAAUGGAGAAAACCUUUAUCGGCGGGAAGUCCCGCGGUAGCACCAUGCCGGGGCGUAAGUGGUAUGAGGGCUUCAUGAGAAGACACCCGGAUAUUAGGGAGAGAACAAGCCAGAACCUCACUUCCGCAAGAAAUAAAAUUACUCAAAAGGACAUAAAUCAGUGGUUUGACGAGAUUGGAAAUUACAUCCAACAAAACAAUUUACAAAGCGUUUUUGACGAUAAUAGGCGCAUCUUUAAUUGUGAUGAAACAGCCUUUUUUUUAAAUCCCAAGCCUGGUAAAGUAUUGGCUGAAAAGGGCUCCAAAAACGUGUAUACAUCGGCAGGCGCAGAUGAAAAAUUUAAUUUAACUGUUUUAGUCACGGGAAAUGCGGCCGGAAUAUUGGCACCGCCGAUGAUAGUGUAUAGAUAUCAACGCAUUCCACUGCAAAUCGUGAAAAAUAUACCACCUGAAUGGGGUAUAGGCAAGUCGGAAAAUGGAUGGAUGACCCAGGAAACAUUUUUUGAGUACAUCACUAAUAUAUUUAAUCCGUGGUUGGACAAACACAAUAUUCCUCGUCCUGUAAUUAUGUUUCUCGAUGGCCAUUCAUCACAUUUAUCUCUCCCUCUCUCAGAGUUUUGCGAGCAGAAAAAAAUAAUAUUGGUUGCACUCUAUCCAAAUGCCACUCAUCUCAUACAACCUUUGGACGUUGCAGUGUUUCAUACAUUAAAAAGUUCGUGGAAACAAAAGGUGGCUGAAUGGAGAAUUGCUAGUGAAGGAGCUCAAAUGCAGAAACAUAACUUUCCAGAAGUUCUGCAAUCAGUUUUGGGUCAAUUAGAACCGCAGGUAUUAAUAAGUGGAUUUCGAAAAUGUGGUUUGGUGCCUUGGAACCCAUUAGAAGUGGAAGUACCCCUCAAUAAGCCAGAGGAACCAAAAAAGUUAGAAAAACUUAAUGGAGACACAAACAUUGUUACUUUUUUUACAAUGUUAGAACAAAAAUUAGGUACCGAGAAGCUAAGACAGUUUCAAAGUAGUAAUGGUACUUGGAAUGGUGCUACAGAAGACAAAUCUUUGUACGUCCUGUGGCUUGAAACUAAACAUACCGUAGAAGCAAACAAGACUCCUAGAGAGCAUUCUCCCAUUCUCACAAUUAAAAAUAGCUUGGACACUAAAGAAGAAACUGCACGAGAUCCCGAACAAGAAGAGCAGGCAGUUUGUGAAGAUAAAACUCCUGAAAAAGAAGCAGUUGCGGGGCCAUCAAAAAACAGUGCAUUAGUUGGAGUUCCAACGCCGUUUAAAUCAACUCUCUUUUGGCCACAAGAAAAUCAGGACAUAUCUCGAAAACGGAAAGCAGAGAAAUUGCCUUCAGUGGUAACCUCUCCGCAGAUGAUAGAAUACUACAAAAAGAAGGAAAGCAUGAAAAGAGCUAAGGAAGAAGGGAUAAAAAAACGGAAAAUGGAACGGGAGGAAAAGAAGAAAUUAAUAGAAGAAAAGAAAAAAAUCGCAGAAGAAAAAAAACAAUUACAGAACAUUGUGAGGUCAUCUUCAGAAUCUUCAGGGAAUUCCUCUCUGGUGUAUCAAGAAUCUGUCGAUUCGCCAUGGAACGAAUCCGAGACAAGCGACGAAGAGAUUCCCGAAGAAAUUUCGAUGAGAAAAUUGGCAAUAGGUGACUUUAUUCUAGUUAAUUUUGUGGGGGGAAAAAGGAAUUCGACCAACUACAAAUAUGUCUGUGUCAUUCAAAAAAUUAAAACCAAUGAAAUAACCGUUCAGGGCCUUCAGUCUAAUAAAUCAAGGAAAGCUUAUCAUUUGGUGGAUAAUGACAUUUCAAGUGUAGAAUUUCGACAAAUCGUUGGUCGGCUUCCUCAGCCUGAAAUAGAAGUGGAAGGAAGACAAGUGCUUUAUAAAUUUAAGAAAAAUAUAUGUAUUAUGGAAAAAGCCUAA